AUGGCGUCCUAUCGGGCACUUUGUACUAAGUACGCAUCUCUCCUAAAUCAAUUUGCAGCUUCCAAAAAAGAUCUGGAAGUUCUUACCACUGUCCCUGCCAAGUGUACGCCUCCCGCAAAAACCCUCUACGUGCUGGACUCCUCCUUCAACCCCCCAACGUUCGCCCAUCUCCGCAUUGCCAGGACCGCUCUCCUAGAGAAAUUCGAUCCAAGUUCCCGCCUACUUCUUCUACUGUCGACUCAAAAUGCCGAUAAGCCGUCCAAGCCCGCGCCCUUCGAGGACCGGCUCGCCAUGAUGGAGCUCUUUGCGCACGACUUGCGCACACAUCUAGCUACCACAAAGGCAGACACGGCCUCUUCGGAGGCCACCGGAGAGAUGAAACAUAUUCCCGCGAUUGAUAUUGGUGUGACGAAGAAACCAUAUUUCGUCGACAAGGCUGCGGAAAUCGAGGCGUGCGAUUUCUACCCCACUCCUCUUGAACAGGUCCAUCUUACAGGUUACGAUACCUUGAUCCGCAUCCUCAAUCCCAAGUACUACCCUCCAAAUCAUACCCUGGAUCCUCUUAUUCCACUAUUCUCCCAGCAUCGAUUGCGUGUGACGCUGCGACCGAGUGACGAUUGGGGAAGCAAAGAUGAACAGAGGGAAUUUAUCGAUAGUAUGUCCCGUGGAGAUAUGGAGAAACAAGGCGUACGGAGGGAAUGGGCACAACGGAUCACACUUGUUGAGGGUAGGGACCCCGGUGCGCCGUCGGUCAGCUCUACAAGAGCGCGCGAAGCAACGCAGUCUGCCGUUGAGGAUCUGAACUGGCUGGUUCCAGACAACGUGAGGCAGUUCCUUCUGUCGGAAACGCCCUACUCUGCGAAAAGGUGA